CCGACUCGUAUUUUCACAGGACUGCGAUCAGCUAUCUGGCGGGUUGGCAUCAAUUGAACACCCAACUUUCGGCUACGCUUAUGUGAACUGCGGACCUCAAGUUCAAGAGGAGAUCGCCGCGUUGCUGGCUGUCGCGAGGUAUCCACAUGCAAACCUCGCGUUUACGCCGUGGGGCAUCCCAGUUCGGUGUGUGCCAUUUUGCGUAGUUGCUUCCAUUGUUCUACUUCGCCACGCCCUUCCAGUACUCCAACGGCAUGCUUUCAUUUGGCCCCUUGAUAAGAGCGGCAUGACCUACUUGUCGUGCUUUUCCGCCACUGUCCCCUCGUAUUCGUUGCAUCCCAACCUACCCGUUGAGCGGGCUUUCUUCCGCCUUUCUUUUCUUGAGCAGCUAGACUAUUGACGUUCCAACGAUGAUUACCUUCAAUAUCGCAUCUUUCUUAUUUUUUCUAUUUCCCGUUUCUGUGUUGGCACAUGGUUUCGUCGGGUCCGUCACUAUCGACGGGACGACUUACCAAGGCAACAUCCCCGGGGGUACAACGAACCCUAGUGUCAUUCGACAGGUUUCGACUAUCGAUCCUGUUAAGGGUGCUACUAAUCCGUCAUUGAAUUGCGGAAUGAACGCCACAGAGGCUUCAGACGUCGCCAAUGCUAACCCCAGUAGCCAAAUUCUCAUUUAUUGGGUCGGCGGCUCUACUGGUGAUUCAAAUUGGCCACACAACGUCGGACCUAUCAUCCAUUACAUGACCAAGUGUAGUGGCUCCUGUUCGUCUUAUGAUUCCACGAAUGCCGAGUGGUUCAAGAUCUCCGAGCUUGGACUCGAAACGAGCGACACUUGGUAUCAAGCUAACCUGGACGUUAAGGAGCCUGCAAAUGUUACCAUACCUUCCAACAUACAACCUGGGGAUUACUUACUACGCUCCGAAAUCAUCUCCCUUCAACUUGCGGUAUCUGUCGGCGGUGCCGAGUUCUACCCCGCCUGUAUCCAGUUGAGCAUCGGAGGUUCAGGCACUGGUGCCCCGCAAAGCAGCGAGGUGUGUCGAUUCCCAGGCUGCUACACCGAUACGGAAGCCGGAAUAUACACACCCAAUAUUUACAACCCUCCGAUCAACUACACCUUCCCCGGUCCUCCUGUUGCCGCCUUUGUAAAUGCAAGUUCUGGCUCUGGCUCUAGUUCCGGCUCUGGGACACCAAGUGCCGCAGCCACCACCUCACCGACACCUUCAGCGGGAAGCCAGACAUGUAAGCUGGUUUCUCGCUCUAACCCUACAGGAAUAGUGGUGAAACGAGGUACGAAUCUGAGAACGCACAAACGUAGACCUGCUAGGCGGUGGCGUUACUGAACGCUCUGGUGCCUUGUUCGCGGUACAAUGAUUCAGCACUGUGCUACCUUCCCGUGUCACCGGCGACUUAGGUGCAGCACAGUCUGCAUAUGCUGUGGCGUCAGUCCUGUGAUACAGAUGUCUAACCGUCAUUGCUUGCUGUGCAAGCUCAGAAGGCCCUAUGUGUCAUGCAAAAUUAUCCCGCGGACAAUUUCGUAUACCAGCUAUUCCACUCUCUCUGUCGUU